AUGUUGAUCGCUGAAGAUCCGGCGUUGUCCAAACGCGUUUAUUCUUUGAUUGAACCGAUACACGUCAUAAUGUACUCGGUAAACGUCUUGCUAUCUGCAUUUCGAUUGGCUGCUUCGAUUAUGUUAAAAUAUUCGUUCCACUUACGCAUCGGAUCAUUGAAAGAUUACUAUUCGUUUAAAAAAAUCGGUGGUCGGAUUAAGAGGGAAGUUCAUGAACAGCUGACGUCGGAUCCGAACGUAAGCAUGUGCUACAUGUCAGCCAUGGUUUUUACGUACAAUUGUGUCAUUUUCUAUGCUCAGAUAUUAUGGAGCGAAAUUCAAAUUGCGAAGAAACGGGUAAAGCGGGACCUUGUUCAGUACAAAGAAGACGAGCCGUUUUCGGACCCGCUGUACAGCAAGCAAUGGUAUUUGGUAAGGCGUAGGCGAAGUGCACGAUUAAAGUGUCAGCUGGCGAAUGACGGUAACGGCGUCGGCGCAUCGAACGGUUUCGACAUGAAGGUCAGGAAGGUGUGGGAGAUGGGUAUCACCGGCAAGGGGGUUGUGGUGUCGAUCUUGGACGACGGCGUCCAGGCGGCUCAUCCAGACCUGACCGAUAAUUACGACCCACUGGCUAGCAAGGACAUUAACGACAACGAUGACGACCCGACACCGCAAAACAACGGCGACAACAAGCAUGGUACUCGGUGCGCUGGUGAGGUGUCUGCAGUUGCAGGGAAUAACUGGUGCGGCGUGGGGGUGGCGUUCAACUCGAAAAUUGGCGGGGUGCGAAUGCUCGAUGGCCCGGUGACAGAUAGAGUCGAAGCGUCGGCGCUCUCACACAACCAGAACCACAUCGACAUCUACUCGGCUAGCUGGGGACCAGAGGACGACGGAAGAGCCGUCGACGGCCCUGGUAGUCUUGCCAAGGCAGCUUUUUACCACGGCAUCACCAAAGGCAGAGGAGGCAAAGGCAACAUUUUUGUAUGGGCCUCAGGAAACGGGGGCAUUUAUGGCGACAGCUGCUCCUGUGAUGGCUACACGACGUCCAUCUACACCUUGAGUGUCAGCUCGGCGACCAGCAACAACGAGCGACCGUAUUAUCUGGAAGAAUGCCCGUCGACGUUCACCACUACGUACAGCUCUGGGUCCGCGUUCGAACCGGCGAUCGUAAGUAUCUCUCGUGACUCUCAGGUUGUUUUCAGUUUCAGUAGAUGUUUACAAAUAAGUGGAUUAUUUGACACAAGUUUUCAUGCAGUACACUCAUACACUGCGUACUGAGU